AUGGUUGAUGCAGCUCUAAUUAGUGGUUUGCUUUCAAAUUUGGCACCUCUCAUUAAGGAUGAAUUCUCGGUGUUUUGGAAUUUUAAGAGGGAGGUUCAAAAUCUAUCGAGCACGCUAUCUGCAAUUAAUGCUGUACUUGAGGAUGCUGAGAGAAAAAUCUUGCGGGAGAAAGACAAACAAACAGAAGAUUGGUUGCGAAAACUAAAAAAUGUAUUGUAUGAAGUUCGGGGCAUCAUGGAUGAAUGCACCUUUGAAGAUCUUCGUCUUCAAGUCAACAAACGUAAUGCCUCCUCUUCAACCCAAAUCCAGGUAACCAACCUUAUCACCCAUCCUUUUAGCACUACUAAGAUGCGUCACAAAAUUGGUCACAAAAUUAAGGAUGUUCAAGAGAAACUAGACCAAAUUUCUUCAGAGCGCCAAAAGUUACAUUUGCAUGAAUCUAUUAAUGACUCAAAAAUAGUCAAGUUUACUAGUAGUUGGCGUGAAACCAUGUCUCUUUCUAGUUCUAGGAAAGUAUAUGGGAGAGAUAAAGAGAAGAAAGAGAUUAUUGAUAUUCUACUCAAUAAAUCUAGUGCUUGUGUUGCUACAGAACUAUCUGUUCUGCCCAUUGUUGGAAUGGGGGGUCUGGGUAAAACAACACUUGCCCAAAUGGUAUUCAAUGACAACAAGGUUUCUAAGCAUUUUGAUACCAAAUUCUGGGUUUGUGUUUCUGAUGAAUUUGAUAUUAAGUUGGUUAUCAAAUCCAUCCUAGAAGAAAAGGGAGAAGCUUGCUUACAAGAAUUACAGAAAAAAGUUAGAGAUAAGCUGAAAGGGAGGAGAUACUUGAUUGUAUUGGAUGAUGUUUGGAAUGAAAACGUGGAGGCAUGGGAUCAGCUUAGAUCUAUAUUAGAUUGUGAAUCAAAUGGUGCGUUCAUAAUUACCACGACACGUAAAAGAAAUGUGGCAAAAAUCAUGGAAACGAUUCAACAUUUUGAAUUAUCGUCGCUCUCCGAAGAUGAUUGCUGGCUACUAUUCGAAGAACGUGCAUUUGAGCAUGGAAAACCAAAACAUCCGAACUUAAUUAAUAUUGGUAAGGAAAUAGCUAGAAAAUGUAAGGGUGUUCCUUUAGUCGCCAAGACAUUGGGAAGUCAAUUGGGGUUUAGUGAGGACGAAAAAGAAUGGUGUAGAAUAAGAGAUAGUGAGAUAUGGGAAAUAUCCGAAAAUGAAAAAUCUAUCAUGCCUAUUCUAAGGUUGAGUUACUAUGACCUCCCUUAUCAUUUGAGAAGAUGUUUUGUAUUUUGUGCUAUAUUUCCCAAGGAUACUAAAAUUAUGAAAGAAAUAUUGAUCCAAUUGUGGAUGGCCCAUGAUUUAAUUCCUCCCGUUAAAAAGCAAGAAGUUGAAGAUGUUGGGAAUAUAAUUUGGAAGGAGUUGUGUUGGAGAUCUUUUUUUCAAGAUGAAAAAGAGAACACAUAUGGGUAUGAUAGAGUUUAUACAACAUGUAAUAUGCACGAUCUUAUACACGAUCUUGCCCAAUCUGUUAUGAUAGAUGAAUGUUAUACUAUGAAUGCUAAGAAAUCAAGUGAUGGUUUAGGACGUGAAAUUCAUCAUGUAACAAUAAUGAUUGAUCAGUUAGAUAAAACAUCAGUCAAAACAGUUGUUUGUUCUCUUAAGAAAAUAGGAGGGUUGCAAUCAAUAAUGCUUGAUGGCAGAGAUGAUGAUGGAAAUGUCACAAAGGAGAUUUUGAAUGUCUUGGAGAAACUUCCGUUAUUACGUGUCCUUGAAGUAAGACGCCAUUUGAAAUUUAAAUAUAUACCUCAUGUGCAACUUGCACAUGAAGAUUUGCGUUAUGUGGGAUGUCUAAAACAUCUUAAAUACUUAGACAUUUCCUUUAGUCUAAUAACAACGUUGCCUAAUAGUAUUUGUGAUCUCUUAAACUUACGGACUUUGAAACUCGAAUCUUGUUAUAACCUUGAAAGUUUGCCCAGAAAUACGAAAGACCUUAUUAGCCUACGACAUCUUUAUUUGGAGGGUUGUGAUGGAUUAAAAUAUAUGCCUAGAGGGAUGGGGCAAUUAAAACAACUCAAGACGUUAAGCUUGUUUGUGAUAAGCGAAAAAAUAGAUCACUGCCAACUAGAUGAAUUAAAAGAAUUAGAUAUCGGGGGAUCAUUGAGAAUUAAGAACCUCGAAAGAGUCAGUGAUGUAUCUAUUGCAAGAGGGAUAAGUAUGGCUAAAAUGUUGAAUAUCAGUAACUUGGAGUUGAAUUGGGGUUUUAUAUAUGCUUUUGAUGCUGAUGGACAAGAGAAAAUAGGCGAACUUCUAGAGGUUUCAACUGGGAGGCUGAAGAUAUUGAAAAUGCGAGGUUACAAAGGUGUGAAUCUCCCUAAAUGGGUGGCAAAGUCAUAUCCUUCUCUAAUAUGCCUUGAGCUUAAUGGCUUGGACAAUGUGAGUACUAUUGCUAGUAGUAGUCAUGCCAAUGAAAUGAUAGUAGUAUUCCCUUUGUUAGAGAAACUUGUUAUUGAUGAAAUGAAGAAUUUGAGUGAAUUGGUGCCGGGUAGCUGUUGGAGUCCCGGAGCAUUCCCUAAUCUACACACGCUGAAGAUAUCCUACUGCCCAAAGCUAGGGGCCUUGCCACCUCAUCUCAAAUCACUCAAGGAUGUAACUGUUAAAGGUGAAUGUUCGAAUGAGUUGUUUUAUAGCAUCUCAAAUCUUAGUGCUCUCACUAAGCUCCAUCUUUAUAAGAUGGAUGAAAGAAGUGUUUUAUUUGGAGCUGGUUAUAUGUUUGCUAAUGAUGAGAUGCCAUCAUCAUCGUCAUCGUCAAGUAAUAAUAAUAAUGAAGCACAAUUAGGAGGAGGAGGAGUACGCUCAACUUUCCAGUCUCUUCAAUCUCUGAAUAUCUGGUGGUGCAAGAAGUUAAGGCGUUUGUUUGAUUCGGGAAUGAUAAUGGAAGAAGAGAAGCAACAAAAGCAUCAUCAUCAUCUUCAAGCUGGACAAACAGAAAGAACAAGAGGUCUCAUGAACUCUCUCACGGAAUUGCAUAUUCGUAAUUGUCCGGAGUUGAUGAUAUCAGUUGAGGAAUUUGGAAACCUCAAUUCACUACAGAGUUUGACUAUUGAGAAUUGUCCUAAGUUGUUGGUGUCUUCAGAAGAAGCGGACGAUGUUAUGGCAUUCCUACGUUCCCUUCGAACCAGACUUGAUCCUGGGAAUUUCUAUACAGAUUUCAUCAUAAAGGAAUAG